AAUCUAAAGAUAUCGGUAUCGCAGAAUUUGUUUACGUUUUCGCCAGAAAGGAUGAUCUCGCAAAAGAUUGUCAACAUUUAGAAACUACAUUGUAAAUUACACACUUCAUCGCUACAUCUAAGGAGGCAGUGCAGUAUGGCUGAUGUAGAAUAUGAAGGGGAUGCUAGACACUACACACUUUUGACUUUAAUCGGCCGUAACUUUGAGGGUAAUGCUGUGGUCCAUAUUGCUAGACACGGUUCUUCUGGUAAUCUUGUAGCAGUCAGAAGAGUCAACCUAGACAAAGUUAAAGACAGUUUUGCAGAACUUCGUCAAGAAUGCCAUUUCUCCAAGCUUAUGCAACAUGAACACAUCCUACCACACUACACGUCGUUUGUGAAUGGCAAUGAAUUGUGGGUUGUGAUGCCCCUUAUGGAACAUGGUUCUGCUAGAGAUCUGCUUGAUAGGAAUUGUCCUGAUGGAUUGAAGGAGAGUGUGAUAGCACAGAUUAUGAGAGAUGUUGUACUGGCUCUAGACUACAUCCAUAGAAUGGGUUAUAUCCAUAGGAGUGUGAAGGCCAGUCACAUCCUGCUCACCCAAUCCGGUGGUGUUCGCCUAUCUGGACUGAGAACAGCAGUGAGUAUGGUGGAAGAUGGCAAGCGACUCAAGGCAGUCUAUGAUUUCCCCUCACUAACCACAGUAAGGAACUUGCCCUGGCUAGCAACUGAGGUACUAGAACAGAAUCUUCUUGGAUAUGAUACCAAAUCCGAUAUUUACAGUGUUGGUAUCACUGCAUGUGAGCUGUCAAAUGGAUGUGUUCCUUUCUCAGAUAUGGUACCCAUGAAGAUGUUACUGGAAAAGAUCAAUGGUACAACACCCAAGCUCCUAGACUGUUCUACGCUGUGUGAUGUUGAUGGUGUGCCACCCCAAGAACCAGGCUCUAGGGUGGAUAGUGGCAUCGGUGGAAGCACUGGACUAGCUAAUGUACCCAACCCCUAUGACAGGAGAUUCUCAACUCAUUUUCAUGAUUUCAUGGAAGUAUGCCUCCGAAGAGAACCUGUGGAUAGACCCAGUGCCUCUCAACUCCUGCAGCACCCAUUCUUCAAGCAAGUAAGGAAGUCAUCUAGUGAUGUCCUUGGACCAAUGCUACAAGCAGUCCAUCCCCUCUCUCAGCUAACGGAGGGCAAAGUGGAUGACCAAAGUGAGUACAUAGACAACUCUGAGGUUGGGAACAUUGCAGAAGCUGUGCAGAGAUUUGAGACUUUAGACAUGGUGGACCCUUGGGAAUUUGACUGAAGAAUUCAACCGUUCCAUCAACAUCUCUGAGAGUUUGAUGAUGCCCAGUAACCUAUGCAGUCCAAGAAAGGUGGUGUUACAUAAAAGGGGUUCCUCACUCAUGUACAUAGUUGCAAGUGUAUCUGAACACUGAUAGCACAUGAUGUGAUAUAAAUUUCUUUGCAAUUGCAUGGGAUUUUUAAAGCUCUUGAUAUAGCAUUAAAGUGAGGGCCGUAAAGUAGGCUUGUUCAUCAAAGCACGCUUACAGAGUU